AUGGUGCGCACAGCAGGUUUAGACGUGCUGCAGCUCGCACGGCGACCUCCCAGCCAUCUUUAUUACCCAGCCACCGCGACCGCACACCGAGCAGUCUUUUCCUCCGACGUCUGGCUCAGUCAGCUUCGAGCUGCCAUUACCACAAACCACAAGCCCUUGAGCACCAGCAAAUUCGUGGUUUCUGAGCUCUGUACAGCUUUCACAUUGUCAAACCCACAUUAUUCCUAUCCUCCACCCACCUUGGAGGUGUCUCACCACACUGAUUCAGCAUCUCACGAAGUCCACGACCGUCACGACCCAUCCACGUUAACGACCUUUGCGCCACGCCACCCACCGCCCGGCCUCCUCUCUCAUACCUCACCUUUGAUUGACAAUCGCCCACCUUCAGCUUCCAAUCCGCGUCAUUCUCUACGUCGUGUGCGCCGCUCCCCUGACGUUCGCCAGUUACCGCAUCGGCGCACCGUCUCUCACGAUAUCAGGUCCAACCGGGACUCACAAGCACAAGCUCAGGGAUCGACUCCGAUUGCUGCGAACCCGGACUGGAAAGUUCCAUUUGGACAGGUGCCACCCGCACUCUCCGAACCUCAAACAUACGCACAGGGCUCGACGAUCGACGACCCUUACCAGCUCCUUACAUCUUCCUACUGGCCACGCCGAACAGUAGGCGUCUCGUCUCGGACUGCCUCGGCCAUUCUCUUCGCUCUCGAAGAAGGGAUUCGUCGUCCAAUUCCAUUCACCACGGACUGGGAGGAAGUGAAUGCUUCCAUGUCCGAUAUGGUAGGUGUUGCAGGUUCCGCUGCGCCAAUGGGCAAUACUCGGAUUGCCAAUGGGGGGCCUCGAGCUCCCCCGGCGGGUUCAGCCUCCGCCCAAGCACCCCCGACGCAACCACCAAGCGGCAUGCGUACGCCAACCGAUAUCAUGAGACAGCGUCGGGAUCGAGAGGCACGCCGAAAAGCGGAGCAAGAAGCUCGUGAAAAGGAGCAAGAGGAGCUGGAGCGGCAGCAAAUGGAGCACGAACAGAAAUUACAGCAACACCAGCAGAAGCUGGCCCAGGCUGAACAGGGUGCUGCCCAGGCUCUAGCUCCAGCUCCAGCUCCCGUGGAUCCAGCAUCACAGCGUCGUGGACAAGCUCGACAAGCCCAGCGAGGUCCACCGCCUCAACAAGCGUCAGACAACGUACCACUGUCUGCAUCGGGGCCUGCUCAAGGUCAUCGACCCACAACAAGUGCCGGGCCCAUGGCGUCUCGUCAAGAGUACUCAACUUCUGCAGCGCCCCUUGGUCCGUCUGCAACUGGAUCAGAUAUGCCAGCAAACCCUCCACGCCAGGGCCCCGGCAUCCAGCAUGGUCGCUCGCAGAGUGCAGCGGCGGCUGCAGGACCACAGCCUGGAUCAACGGGCUUUGCCAAGUCGGGGCCUGCUCCGGGUGUCCCUUCUCAGGACGGUGCAUCUCAGACACUUCAGCAGCCACGACGCGCAGGAUUUCCGCAUGCGUUUGAGAGAUGGGAGACACUUUCUUCGCACUGGGAAGGUCUGACAAGCUACUGGAUUCGGAAGCUGGAGCAGCAGAACGAGGACCUGGAGCGAGAUCCCCUCAAUCAGCAGCUCGCCCGCCAAAUCACAGACCUCUCUGCAGCUGGCGCGAAUCUCUUCCACGCCGUCGUGGAGCUGCAGCGACUUCGGGCCUCGUCGGAACGCAAAUUUCAACGCUGGUUCUUCGAUACUCGCGCAGAGCAAGAACGGUCCAAGGAGAUCCAGGCGGAACUGGAGCGCCAGCUCAAAGCUGAGCGUCAAGGUCGGGAAGAUGCCUUUGCUGCCGCACAAAUCGCGGAGCAGGACAAGGCCAAGGCGGAAGAGCUCCUGCGCGAGAUGCGACGUGAGCUUCAGAUCUCCAAGGAAGAAGCGCGACGGGCGUGGGAAGAACUUGGCCGCCGCGAGCAGGAAGAGCGAGAUCGAACCAAUUCCCUUCGGAAUGGCGAGCCCACCCUCGUUGGCGGCGUUCAAGUCGUUCCCAUGGUGCAAGGGGUACCCAGCCGACACCCAUCUCGGCCGCCCACAACUGAUGGAGCUUAUACUAGCGGUCCACCCACAACCUCCGUGGCCACCGACAACCGGGGAAAGAUGACCGACCCCAGCAUGGGCCUCACGUAUUACGACGAAAACACUCCGGUGUCGCCGACCGGAUCCGAUCCCUUCGUCGAACCCAGAAAGACCGAUCCUCCCGUCUCAAAGGCGCAGUAUCCUACACACAACCAGGUGUACGCUCAGGAGCCUGCCACGACACCGUACGUCACACCGGCGACCGAGCCAGACACUCACUCGUACAUUGGCAGUAGCGACGCCGAAGAAGAGUACCCUGAAUAUGCACGCGGCAACUCUCAGCAGUAUCACCCGUAUCCGGCCGGUCCACGCUCCGAGGAAAGCGACGAGUACGAGCACGGUGCUGUCGAGCAUCACCCUUACACUAUUGACGGCUCUUACCCAGCAUCCACUAGCUCAGCACCUGUGCAUGUACCGUAUCCUCCCACCUCAGCCGAAUACAGCGGCACGGGAUGGGGUGUUGGUACUGGUUGGGAAUCGGUCACACCGCGUCACCGUCACCCGACACGCCUGAGUGACGUUCUGGAAGAAGAUGAGCCCAGUCGCACGAGCCCCAGUCGCGCGAGUCAAGCCAGCCGAAGCAUGCAUUGA